AUGUUGGCUGAGUUAAAAAUAUGGCUGUUGUUACUUUCUUUUCUGGUGGUUUCAUCAAACGUGCAACUUCAUAUUCAAGCAGUGCCCCAAGUACCUUGUUUUUUCAUUUUCGGAGACUCCCUAGUGGAUAAUGGCAAUAAUAACGGGCUUCCAACAAAGGCUGUAUCUAAUUACCCCCCAUAUGGUAUUGACCUUCCUCAAGGGCCCACAGGAAGAUUUAGCAAUGGCCUAACCAUGGUUGACAUAUUAGCUCAAAUUUUGGGCUUCGACAAGUACAUUCCACCCUUUGCAAAUCUUGCUAGCUCGGACAUACUCUUAGGUGUGAAUUAUGCAUCUGCCGCAGCUGGAAUUCGUGAAGAAAGUGGGAGUCACUUGGGUGUUCGGAUCAGCUUGAAUAAACAGUUGGUGAAUCACCGAAUAACAUUUUCUCGCAUUACUGAAAGUCUAGGAAGUAAAGAUUCAGCCACUCAGCACCUAAAUAAAUGCUUAUAUUAUGUUGGAAUGGGAAGUAAUGACUACAUUAACAACUACUACAUGCCCCAAAAUUACUCCACAAGCCAGAACUAUAAUUCAGAGCAAUACGCUGAAGCUCUUAUUACGCAAUAUGGUAACCAAAUCAAGACUUUGCACAGUUAUGGAGCAAGGAAGGUUGCAAUAUUUGGAGUAGGACCAAUAGGCUGCACUCCAUUUGCAAUUACAUCACAUGGCACAAAUGGUUCUUUGUGCGUGGAUACGAUUAACUUAGAUGCCCAACUCUUUAACAAGAAGCUUGUAUCACUUGUGGAUCAACUGAAUAAGGAAUUAACUGAUGCAAAAUUUAUAUAUGUGGAUAUUUUGGGGAUUGGAUCAGGGGAUCCAUCCCUUGCUGGUUUCAAGGUUGCAAAUGUUGGGUGUUGUCCAGUUGAUGAAAUUGGGCGAUGUAUUUGUUCCAAAACUCCAUGCCAGAAUAGGAGUGAGUACACAUUCUGGGAUUCUUUCCAUCCUACUGAAGCUGCUAACAAAAUCUCUGCAGCUAGAUCAUAUCAGAAUUUUUUGAAAACUGAUACCUAUCCGAUGGAUAUUAGUCACCUAAUUAAGCUUUAA